UUGCUCUCUCACCACGGCUAUUUUCAAAGGCCACAGAGAUGAUAAGCCAAGUUUUCAAGAGUAUUUAUCUCGUUAAUAGUAUGAAAAUCUUGUUAAUGUCAACCCGUGUCACUUCUAGUAGAGCCUUUUGAAAGUAGUCUGGGUGCGGGUAGAAAAUUUUUCAGAAUAUGGUCCUCAGCUUCAAGAUGGCAGCGGUUCAGAGGCUUCAAAGGCUUCGAGACGCGUAUAUAUUGCUAGAAAGCGUUCUGGGACGUGGAGACGGAGUGUAAGCGGCUGCCUCUCGCCUGAGCGCCAUGUGAGGAAGGACGCGGCCCGUAUUUCUCUCUGCAGAUUUGGAGACUCGUGAACGCUGCUGAUUUCUACUCCAGCUUGUCUCUAUUUUAUUUUUCAGAACUGACGACUGCCCCCAGACGCCAGGUGAGCCCCCGGCGUCUCCUUCACUGACGGACGACGAGGCUACCAUCACCAGCACCACCACCACCACCACCAUCACCAUCAUGACAGUAGACGAAACGGUGGCAACAAAUGGUGUCCCAUCGCGCUGCCUCACUCCGCACUGCUUCCUGUACACGUGCUGCUAGCGCUGGUGCUGUGCCGAAUUCUCAGAGGAGUACAAGCGUCAAGCCUCGUAUCUGUAUACAGACGGAUGUGGAUAACAGUGGUGGGCAUAACAAUCCAUGUAUGGAAUCAGCUGACGAGUUACGUAAGUGCUAAUCACAGUGGUGAUAAUUGCAAAUGGGAAUGACGGUAACAGUAAGAGAAGCCCCGUACACGGCGUGUAGAGGCCAGUCUGGUCAGCAGGAAGACCCCAGCGGUGACGAGAAGCUGCUCUGCAUAUUGAAGCAAGAAAUGAAUCCCUGUUGCUGGAACCUGGAGGCUACGGCAGUGAAGAGAAGCUUGUUGGAAAACCUGUGUGGCUACUUGUUAACCCAGAAGAGACUUGGAGGGGAAAAAGGACAAAACAGGAAUGAUAAGAACAGGUAUGGCACAGGAGGAGGUGGCGUGGUGUCUGGCACAGGAGGGCAUCAUGCUCAUCAUAUUGGGAAUGUCACCAGGAGCGGAUUCGGAAUUGACGUCAGCUUCUGGAAUAUCAGGGAGUGGUUCAGGGGAGUGAAGAUGAUCCCUCCCAGCGUCCAUAUUGUUUAUUCUGGACUGUGCCGUUGUCUGCAGCAGCCUGCAGUAUGUACACACACAGAGACGGACAUCUUUGCAGGAAGAAAAUGCUGUGUGCUGUAAAAAAUUUAUAAGACUAAGAAAAUAAAGACAAGAUUUAUAAUUUAUUUAUUUUUUUCUCUGACAAAAAAAUAUUUGAGUUUAGGUCUAAUAUGUUAUCAAAAUGUUUAUCCUUAUAGAAAAAUUCAGUGUUGCAAUGAUAAGUAAUAAUAAUAAACUAACAUUAUAGUAAAAUAUAAACUUUAUGAAAGAUAAUAAUAAUAAUAAAGAAACCUAUUUUCCUGUCCUCAAUGAUAUAUAUAACAUAUUAGACAAACCUGAAUUUUACUUACUCAAGCAAGACAGUAAAGAGAGGAAGAGGAGGAGGAGGUACAGGUGCAUUAAAGGAAGACAUGCAAGUGAAGGAAGAUGGAGGAAGGAUGAAAGACACAGAGAAGGAAGAGGAGGAAGAAAAGAAAGUAGGAACAUGACACUACAAGGAAGGGAGGAAGAAGAGGAGGAGGAACACAAGACACAACAAAGAAAGACAGAAAGGGAGGGAGGAAGAAGAGAAGGAGGAACACAAGACACAACAAAGAAAGACACUAAGAAUCAAAGGAAGAG